AUUUUUCAAGGUGAAGGCAGUCCCGUACAAUUAAGAAAAUAAUAGUUGUCGUGUAAAAAUAAUGGAAAAUUAGGGUUAAUUGAAGACAGCUUCCGUUUUAAUAUAAACUUAAAAGUAAUAUUAUGUCAACUGAAUUACUAUUGAUAGUUAUUCUAGCUGUUCCCGCAACUUUUUUCGCAAUACUAUUCUGCUGUCUAUUACUGUGGUAUGUUAAUCUUUAUUAUUGAACUGCGUCUGCGUGGAUUAUAAAAUAAUAAGUGAUUUAUUUUUUUCUUUUAUCAAUUUUCUGAACAGUUUCAAAUAUUGCGGUCAACCUGAUCAAGGUUAUAAAGAGGUCAGACAAAUCAAACAUAAUGUUUUAAUGGAAUAUAUCAUUUAAUAAAUCCUUAAACGGGACGUUAUCUAACAUUUCAUACUGUUUUUUAGUUAACUUAUCAAGACACCUCAAACAAAUAUCUAAACGAUGUUGGUAACUUUUACAAUUAAUUACUUAAAAAAAGUACGAUUUAUUGAACAUUAUACAUAAAUUUCCAAUUAAAUUAAGGUGUGUUCGGUAUGCUUAGAAGAAUUUGCUCCAGGGAUGAAAAUUGCAGUUUGUAAAUGCAGACAUUCCUUUCAUUCUUCAUGUCUACAAGAAUGGUUGAAACUAGAAAAUUCUUGUCCAUUGUGCAAGUGUCAAGUUUUAAAAAAGAGCGAAGUAACUCCCCUACUUAAUCUCAGUACGGUAUAAAGAUGAAAAAUGACUGCCAAAAACUUAAACUUGAUAAGUUUCUUUAUUACUUGACUGAAUUAAAAAGAAUUUUGAACAGUAAGAGAAUAUAACUUUAAAUGUUUAUACGGUAUAAUUGUAUAUAUAUACAAUACGUGAUUAUAUCUUUUAUUUGAUAGUCUUAAUUGUUGACAUAUCUUUACCGUCCAUUGAAAAAUUUUACAAGUGUUUUUAUGUAUCUAUAUAUAAUAUAUAUUUAUAUAUAUAAUUGUAUAUAAUUUUUUGUUAAUAACGAAAUCACUCUAAAUGAAAUAGCAUAUGUUACCUCUUACGUAAGCAGAGGCUUCGUCUAGACUGGGAUAAUUACGUACAAUUGAGCUAUAAUAAAAACUGAUAUAAAAAAUCGUAAUUUUUUGUAAAUGCUGGUCUUUUUAAGAACAUUCUGGAAAAGUCCCGUUUCUAGCUAAAUUCUAUCGACGCACAUGAUAAUAAAUGCAUUACGUUGCUUAAACGAUCAAGGACGUCGUGACCCAACCAAUAACUGUUAAGCUUCAAGUUUUUUUUAUCCAUCUAGUGGUAGGAGUGAAUGACCUUGGGGUAGGCACUACUUUUUUUCACAGUUUUGUACUUGACCUAUUGGAGUCUUAUGGAAUAUUAAUCGAAUUUUUACUUUUAGCCUUUCACAAAGAAAGUUUUUCUUAUAAAAAGGUUAAAAUCGAAAGUUCUGCAAAAUAAUUAGAUUUUUUAUGUUUGUGAUUCUACUUUCUCUCACUUUUCAACUCUCUUUUGACUGAUAAACAUAAUUAAUGCGCCCCUAAUCAAAUAACGUUUCCGUAAAAUAUGUUAUUUACUACUUGAGACAGAUUCUAAUAUCAAGAGAGCUUGGUCAAUUGUCCGAUGAAAAAAGGUUAUUAAUUUCAUUAGUCAAAAUUGCCUUUCUCUGACUUCCAUAUUAAGACAUGAUCCAUUUAUACAAAGAAUUAUUAUGCUAAUAGAUUCCUUUAUCUAUUUUCUCCUUUUCGGUUUAUUACAUUUUCCCAUUUUUAAAAUGGCUUAAAGAGACAGAGUGUCCGUUUUAGGAGGAAAAUCAGACUAUAAAUAUCGGUUUAGAAAGUAAAAUAAUUAAGAACUCAAUUCUUUUUUUUUAAAAGUAAAAAACAAAGGAAAUGCCAACAGAAGAGACAAUACAGUCUACUUUCUAAUUAAUUGAGUAGCAAGUUUUCUUGCGUUUGUAUAUUCAGUACAGAGUCGGUAAUAUCGACGAGAUCUUCGGCUAUAACUUGAUUAUUAGCCGUUGUUGGAGAAUCAUCUUCGCUAUCCAAACUACACAACAGUAGAUCAUCAUCAGACUUUGGAAUUUGGAACAAAUUCUAAAAGUAGUGGGCGAGUGGCGCAGUAAUACGUCGGCGAGUGAUCACGUGGUAUCGAGUCUCAGUUGCUAAAACAGUUGUGUCAGUUUGUGUAUUUUCUCUGUAUUGGACGGAUCUAAUUCUUAUCAUUUAACGGAUCGAAAGACUAUGUCAGUUAAGAACAGUGUAACUAAAUUGAUACCUAAGAAACUCAGAGACGCUUUUGUCUGUACGAGUCCUGAAAAAGAAAAAGUUCGAAGUGACCGAGCUAGAGAUAAAGAAAUGUUCGAAAGGACGUACGCCGUACACCAAGUUGUAGGCAACGGCGGUUUUGGAACUGUUUACGCGGGAACGAAACGACGAUGUGGAACUCCCGUUGCGGUAAAGCAGAUCGCAAAAAGUAAAGUCACCGAAUGGGGAACGGUUGACGGCAGAACCGUUCCAAUGGAAAUUGUUCUUCUAAAAGCAGUAGAAAACAUUGAACGCGUCGUAAAAAUGCUAGAUUGGUUUGAGAAGAGUGAUUCAUUCAUAGUUGUGAUGGAACGCCCUGAUCCAGUAAAAGACCUUUUCGACUAUAUAAGUGAAAAUGUUACUGCUUUGGAUGAAGAUAAAGCGAGGGAUUUCUUCCGCCAAAUUGUCAAAAUUAUAUCUCAAGUUCACAACGCUGGUGUUUGCCAUAGAGAUAUUAAAGAUGAAAACAUCUUAGUUGACUCAAAAGGAGACUUGCAUUUAAUAGAUUUUGGAAGUGGGGCGUUCCUUAAGGAUACUGUAUAUACCGACUUUGAAGGAACAAGAGUUUAUAGUCCACCAGAAUGGAUAGCUCAUCAUCGUUAUACAGCGGAAGCAGCAACAGUCUGGUCUUUGGGUAUCCUAUUAUUCGACAUGGUCUGCUAUGACAUUCCCUUUCACGAGGAUAGAGAAAUUUUAAAAGCAGAACCUCAAUUUAAACCAGGCCUUAGCGAAGACGUUAAGGAUUUAAUACGUCAAUGCCUGAGCCUUAAACCAUCAAAAAGGCCACGACUAGCAGAGCUUUUGGAACAUCGGUGGAUGAAAGAAGAAGGAAACAGCGAUUCCUCACUAGCCUCCUCAACCGAUUCAAACAAUUCCGAUACAAGAUCUUCUGCUUGA